AUGAGUCAGGGUACGGAGCAAAGUCUCGAGAAUAGACACGUGUCUGGCCAAGCGUCACCUCCGUCGAAAGGAAAGCUUCAGCUCAUCUCAUACGGCCGUUCGAACGGUCCUCUCACGGGUCCAAGUGGCGCCGUCGACCAACUCACCUUCUCUGUGCGCGACAUAGCGAACCCACCGGCCAGACUGAGGAGAACGCACACCGGCCUCUCAUCACGGCUGCGCAAGGAAGUCAUGGCUAACAAGGCUGCGGCUGCACGACUAGAGAGCAUGUGCGCGAGAGUUGAGGCGAAGAUGUCAGAAAUGGCAAGCCUUGAUGGAUCUCACGUCCUGUUCGUCGGGAUCAUGUGUGAAGAAGGCAAGCAUCGGAGUGUGACAUUUGCAGAGGAGCUCUCGAGGCGGAUAGCCUCUAGUGGCUGGGACAUUGAAGUCCGGCAUCGGGAUCUGGCUGGCUUUGGCCACGACGAUGCUGACGCGGAGGAGGCCCUUGACUCCGAUGAAGCUAAUUCUCCAUCUUCACAGAGUCCUGGGACUGGGAGGCGGAAAGGAAAGAAGCAGCAGGACCAUGAGAGGAAGAAGGGCAGGUCUUCAGCACAUAAAUUUGUACGUGGUAACACCGAGGAGUAUGAAUAUGUGCAUUGA